GUGGCAUACGAGGUGACCCUCAGCCUCAUCACCGGCAGGACGCAUCAGGUUCGUGUGCAGAUGGCUGCCAUGGGGCUGCCCCUCCUGGGAGAUAGGCUCUACACCGCACUGGCGGAAAAGUGGCGGAGAGAGCGGCAGCAGCAGCAGGAGCAGCAGCAGCAGGAGCAGCAGCAGCAGGGGCAGCAGCAGCAGGAGCAGGAACAAGAACAGCCGGCGCAGUUGUCAUCACCUCCCGCACCCCCACCCGCACCCACACCGGGAAGGGCAUUGGACUGGUGUCUUCCCGCCCUGCUGCAGCCUCUGGCGCCAAUAGCGCUGCAG